GGUCAACACGUGGGGAGGAGAGACGAGACACACACACUGAGCCGGGGGGGACACGUUUGGUUUUUGCCGGGACCUGAAUACGUAACGUUAAUAUAAUACGAGACAGUUCACGGUGGCGGUGCGAAGGACGCAUAAACACAUGCACCAAUCCCUCCUGCAGCAAAGCGCCCCCACAACAUGAUGCUGCCACCCCCAUGCUUCACGAUUGGGAUGGUGUUUUUGUUUCAUCAGACUAGAGAACAUUUCUCCAAAAACAUCUUCACAAGGUCCUUUGGUGUUGUUCUGGGAUUGAUUUGCACUUCGCACCAAACUACGUUCACCUCUAAGGAAAAGAAUGUGGAGUCACGUAGCGCCAUGCGGGGAUCGGAUGUGUGAACAGCUCACUUUGCUUGUUUUAACACUUUUAAUGACAUAAACCGGUGAGAUUCGAUACACACUGUUCCAUAACUGUUCUAGGAGUACAAUGUCAAAGAAUUCAAAAUGCUUGGGCUCUGGAGACAUUAAAAGACACUUAUGUGCUCAAGCUGACACCCACGAGCAGGUCCCGAGCCUGGGAGUCGAUUUAGUCGGAGAGGUGCAGGAAACGCGGCGAGAUAUGCGGAACAUGUCGGCAGUGCUGACGAAGAUAGUUGCUGACUUGGAGGAUCUUUCUGUGAUACGUCGAUCGAUCACUGCCAUGGAGGCAAAGUUCACUGAGGUGGUUACAAGAGUGGGGGAUGUUGAGAAACGGACCAAUUAUCUGGAGUCAUCGAAGAGGGAAUUAUCUACUAAUCCGCUAGCGACCAAGGUGGAUUUGGAGCAUGUCUGGGAAAAGUUGGAGGACAUGGAGAAUUGUAGCCGGCUGAAUAACGUCCGUAUAGUUGGAAUUCCUGAGGCCGAAGAGGGUAAGGAUAUGGUGAAAUAUCUGGAUGGGCUCCUUCUGAAUUUGCCCGACAUGACAUAAGGCCAUAAGCUGGAAAUCGAGUGAGCUCACGGCGAUCUGCGGAGGGAGACAGGCCCGAUCAAUUCUGGCCAAAUUUCUGAGAUCAUCCAAUAAAGAUCUUGUGUUACGCAAGGCUAGGAGUAAAGGAAGGCUUUCUAGUAAAAACCACAGCAUUUUCUUUUUCCCAAACUUUGCGAAUUCGACAAGAGAAACGUGAUCGAUUCAAGGAAUGCAAGAAACUUUUAUAUCAACGGAAGUUCGCUUUUGCCCUGAUAUUCCCGGCCAAAUUGAGAACAGAUGCUAAGGAUGGCUGUAAAACAUUCACAUGCCCACAGCAAGCGAUGUCCUUCAUAAAGUCAAUGGAGUGUAGCUGCUAGGGUCUAGAGGAGAUGCCACUGAGGUUCCGGUCCUUUGUUCCGUAUACACUUCCUGGAGUGCUGGCGCUCAUAGGCUGGUGGUGGUACAUCUCCCGCAAGAAAGAGCGAAUUGCCAGCCACGACAGUGAGGAGGGUUCAGCUAUGGGCUUGCGGACCUCCUCUGGGGAGGGCAGCAAUGGGAUUGUCGAUAAGGGCUGUCCCACAGAAAGCACCACACACCGUAGAACCAGUCAAGACAGAGUCAAAGCCAAAGAGCAAAGACCUGUUGAGCAGAAAGUUGUAGCAGAGAUUGACACACCACUGCUAAAAGGGACAUCGGGAGAGGCUCUUGGCACUCCUCAAGUUGUCCUGGCGAGUGGACAGCGAAGCGCUUCUCAGAGCAAUACAGAAUCAGUCCCCCGACAGAAUAACCCAGAGACCACCAGGCAGAUGGCUCCUGUCUCAUCUUCAACCCCAACAAAAACAGUGGAGGAGAGCCCACAUCACAAAGCACCAGAGGCAGCCACUGAAAGCAUACCCUCAAACCAGUUACCCCAAGCAAUAGAUCCAGGGAAUACUGCAUCAAUUAAGAAGCAGGGCGAAAAGCAACCACUUAACAGACAGAGGUCUGCAGAAUUGUCCAAAGCAGAGCGUCCCGAGCCCGAGGGAGAGGUGGCUGCUGAAACCACUGCGCCAACUUGUGCCGACUUGACAAAUGUUGAGCUAGCUUCCACUACAUCCUCAACCGAGGACCAAGCUGGGAAGCUGGAGACCAUCAGUCCAAAAACGCCAAUGUCUCUGUCUUCAUUCCCUAACUCCACUAGCACACCCCUCUCAGAAAGCUUAUCAGAGGCCUGGCACCAUGAAAACGGAGAACUGGGUUUGCCAGCUGAGACCAGUCCAGACAUGCAGGAGCUCCAGCGUCUCGCGGCAGGGCUGAUCACUGAGGUCAUCUCGGCAGCCACCCAGGAGGUCAUGGCGGUCAGCAGCUGUGAGUCCCGGCACAGCAAGGGCUCUGAGGCGGCCGACAGCAGCACACUGGCUGUAAAUGGAAGAGAAGACACCAGGGACAAGGAUCUGUGUGUACAUUUGGAAAACACUUCUUUAAAAAGUCAUGCAGAGACACAGGCGGCACAGACAGCGGAAGAGAUAGUCAACGGUUGUCUGUCGCCUUCUCUGUGGAAGAUGCAGGAAAGUUACAAGAGGAGAGCGGAGAGUGAAGAAAGAGGCUUGUUAACAAUGUCAUCUGGGGAAGCACUGGAGUCAACACCGGUUCUGGCCAAAUUCCAGGCGGAGGAAGCUCUGGUUGAAGACUCAGGAUGUAGCACAUGCCAGUCCGAGGAUGGAAUUAGCACAGAGGACCUCCAUUGCACAGGGUUUUCGUCGGUUGUGUCUGAGAGCAAAGAGGACCUUAUUCAAAUUUCAGGUACAUGUAGGGUGUCAGAGGGUCAUGGAGAUGGACUGCUGGAGAGUUCUGCUUUGUCUGCCCUUCAGGAGUCUGCACUUACUGCAGAAAAUGUGGCUACAGUUUGUGAAGCAGCACAGUUUAACGGCACGGGGCUUAGGAAUGGUGCCACUAGUGAGGUAGAAGCUGACCAGUCUGGAGGUUCAGAUGUGAAUAGCAUGGAUUCAGUGGACAGCUGUUCCACUUUGGGGAUGGGAGACAGCCAGCUGAGUGGCAGCCAGGCCUGUCAAUCACAGAGCUCAGAGCUUAUUGUGUGGGAGAUUGAGGUGCCAAAGCAUCUAGUUGGACGGCUAAUCGGCAAACAAGGGAGAUACGUGAGCUUCCUGAAGCAGAGCUCCGGUGCUAAGAUCUACAUUUCAACCCUGCCUUACACUCAAGAGUUCCAGAUCUGCCAUAUAGAGGGGACCCAGCAGCAGGUUAAUAAGGCGCUGGCUCUGAUUGGGAAAAAGUUCAAAGAUUUGGACCUGACAAACUUGUACGCUCCACCUGCCCCUCCACUAACGCUGCCCUCCUUGCCCAUGACUUCCUGGCUUCUGCUGCCCAAUGGGGUGACCGUGGAGGUGAUUGUGGUGAACAUUGUCUCGGCCGGUCAUGUGUUUGUCCAGCAGCACACUCACCCGACGUACCACGCCCUGCGCAGCCUGGACCAGCAGAUGUUCCUGUGCUACUCACAGCCCGGCACACCCACCUUGCCCUCACCCAUUGAAGUUGGUGUGAUUUGUGCGGCCCCAGCUGUCGAUGGAGCCUGGUGGCGAGCGCAGGUUAUCUCAUUCUACAAAGAUUCGAAUGAAGUAGAGAUCCGAUAUGUAGAUUACGGAGGCUAUGACAGAGUCAAGAUUGACGCUCUUCGUCAGAUCAGGUCGGACUUUGUGACAUUACCGUUCCAAGGAACAGAAGUGUUAUUGGACAACAUCGCCCCUCUUCCAGGAGAGGACAGGUUCUCGUCUGAGGCCAAUUCAGCAUUCGAAGAACUGACGAGAGGGGUUCCUUUGCUGGCACAGGUCACCAACUAUGACAACAAUACAGGACUUCCUUUAGUACACAUGUGGAACAUGGUGGGAGAGGAGCUGGUCCUGCUGAACCGCACUUUGGCAGAGCGAGGUCUUGGCACCUGGGUGGACAGUUUCUGAUCCUCCAGUCAGUGCUCCCUCAUUCCCUACUCUUCUUACUCGCUUCUCGGACCACCUGCCCUCUAAUUAUCAUCGGCACGCAUCAUGAAGAUCUGCAGGUUCUGUCCUCACACCACCAUGAAGUGCGCAUCACUGGCCAUGAGAAUUUCAUUUUUGGUUUGCUGUCCCCGCCUAUUCUGGUUUCUUUUCUACCCCCUUUCACAAGAAAUCUAUGUACUGUAUAAAAGAAAAAUGAAGAUAGACAAGUGUCAAUGACCGAACACCCAAUAAGGACUGAAGUUUCUUGACUCUGUGCUCUUGUAAAUUUAAAUAUUGUAACUAAAUAAAGGUUAAUUUUUUUCCAUCCUACCAGACUCCUUCCAGCACAAUCCCGACAGUGGAUUGUAAUGACCGUGGAUGGAAAAAUUUGUUAAAAUAAAAAUAACGAUGAGUUGAGAAGAAAACUGGUGCAGUGAAAGCUUGGUGCUGUUGCUACUGUUGUAAUGUUGGAACUACAUGUCAUCAUGUUUGUCUUUUACAUUAUGGCUUCGUUCCAGUGUCUCACUCUCCAACAAGGUUGGUUUUUGGAAGCAAUUGAUUCUUUUAAGGAAUAGUUCUGCAGAGCCAAUGCAAAAUAAUUGGUUCACAACUGCAAGACCUCCAUUUCAAUGUCUGUCUGUUUAACUGUGUGGCCUUAGAGGCGGAGACGACACCCAUCCCAUCACCCUCCUUACCACACUCUGGAUCUUUAGUACUCGUCCUGCAGACUGCUUUUGACAUGAAAAGUCCUGACACCAAGCUUCACUUUGAAGGUCAUGCAGUCUUUGAUUUACUUGUACUACACUUAAGUCUUUUAAUCCAAGAGACAUCUACGCCCUCUUGACCUCUGGGCCUUUUUCGAGAAGACUACACAAGUCCUCUAGCCCUAGAGCAACACUAGAACUUGAAGUGGUGCUGCAAUAGAAGGUAAAAGGGCAUCCUACACCUAUCCUGACCUGUGGACACUAAAACCUUUGGCCUGAACGAACUACUACAAAAACCAGAACACUACUGUGUGACUGGGACUACUGGGUAGAUGAACUACAUAUAAUGAAUGGGUCUGUAUGUAUUUUUGUAUGCAUGUAAUUCUGCUCCAAAGCACGUCUUUGGCCUCGUGCAUUGUCGAUUCACACAUCGCAUUCGCACUUCACUGUGCACCAUCGUAAGUGUGAUGGACGCUGGCUUUCGUGUCACUCAGAUCUCAGUUGCGCAAUAAAGUUCUGGCCCACGACCACGUUCCUUAGAUACUAAUUGCCAUUACUGACAUCUGCUACUCUUUGCAUUCUGUAAUAACAUGAUACACUGUGUCCAAUCCCAGGAACCCACCUUCCUGUCAUUUAUGCACCAAUUGGCUACUAGGAGAAGCUCCCAAUACACCUGUCUUGAAAAAGAUAAAAGCUUUAAGCCUUAUUCAUUGCUUUUUUUUAUGUUGGUUUUACAUGGGUUGUGAAGAAGUCACAUUAAUACUGUAUCUGUAAUUUGUUUAAAUUAUAAUGGCACAGAGAUGAAUGAUAUUCUUCCUUUUUUUGUACAUUUUCAUUGAUCAUUAUUUUUCUUAUGAUAUUUGGCCAGGACUUGCCCCUUUUUCUGCUGCUUAAAUUUUUUUAGUCCAAUGUUGUUGGGACCCCAGAAUGUCUCAUGUUCCUGUAUGGCAUUUAGCUUGAUCAUCGGUUGUCUGGUUGGUUUUGAUUUUUAAUACUACAGUUUAAGACUUUUUUUUUUGUUUUGUUUUUUUAAAGCCCUCUAGCUGGGUGCUUUUGGAUCUGCAUUGAGCAAAAAAGAAGUAAAUCCUUCCACUGUGUAUAUUUGGCCUCAGACUGGAAAUGUUCUGGAUAAAAUCUUUAAAGGUUUAGUUCAUCCAAAAAUUAAUAUUCUGUCAUUUACUCAAUCUCAUGAUGUUCCAAACUCAAAUGAAGGAGAUUUUGGGGAGAAUGAUAGCCUCAGUCACCAUUCACUUUUUGAAUGUGAAAAAAAUUUGAUGAAAGUGAAAAGUCACUGAGGCUAUCCGUUAUUCCUAACAACUCCCUUUGUGGUCGACAGGGAAAAAAGCAAGUCAUACAGAAUUGGAACAACAUGAUGGUGAGUAAAUAAGAGUUUAAUUUUGGGUGUGCUAUUCUUUUAAACAAUUUUCCUUAAUGGGUUUAUUUUUAUUUUUUUAUUAAAAUGGUAAAACGCCACUCUAGCAGUAGAAUAGAGCUUAAUAUGUGAAAACUGACAGCACUGGAAAGUAAAAUCGACUUAGAGAAGGGUGAGACUUUUGUGAGGGGCACUACACAAGCAAACGUGUUUUUUUUUUUUUUUUUUGGUUUUGUUUUUUUUUUUUUUUUUUUUUAAUAAACUGUCUU